GAAGGAACUACAUAUUCUGCUUUCUCAAGAAUUCUUAGCACAGUUUUUAGGAUUUAGGAAAAAAUCUACUACAAGGAGAAUCCAGAAUUAAAGUGGAGUGCACGAAAGUGGCUGUAUCUACGCACAGAACCUGAGAAUCUUCAUCAGCACCUGAUCCUCAUCGGACACAGGGCCGACACUGCAGGCCUGAAGAAGUGCUUUCUCUGCUGCCAUGGCGACUAUCCACCGAAUGGAGAGGGCCUCAGUGGCAGCUGGACCUGAGCCCCAGCUGGGGAAGCCCAUUUCUCUGCACUCCAGUCUGUGGGAAGGGAUGACAGAGAAGUUUUUGAAGGGGAAGCCCAAGGUCCUUGGUGCUAUGCAGAUCAUGGCUGGCCUGAUGAGCCUCAGCGUGGGAAUAGCAAUGAUAUGCAGCACGCCACCUUCAUAUGGACCAAAACCCUUUACAGUGUACACAGGGUACUUAAUUUGGGGAUCGGUGAUGUUUAUUAUUUCAGGAUCUUUCUCAGUUGCAGCAGCAAGAAGAACUACAAAAGGUCUUGUCCGAGCCAGUCUAGGCCUGAACAUCACCAGCUCUGUGUUUGCUGGAGUGGGAAUGAUCCUCCUCGUGGUCAGCUUGAUCUUAAAUACAGAGCAUCAUUUUUCCUGCUACUACUAUUACCAGACAACUGAAAAUUGUCACAUGAGAGAAUCUAUCUUAACAGGGCUGGAUGGACUGAUGUUCGUUUUAAGUGUGCUGGAAUUCUGCCUUGCUGUCUCCCUAUCUUCAUUUGGGUGCAAAGUGCUCUGUUGUCAUGCUGGUGGGCUUUUGUUGGUUCUGCCAUCAGACCUUCGCUCGACAGAAGCAGCCUCCCCUGCAGCACUGGGAGGAGGUUUCAUGGAUUCAACAGCUGCUGAGAAAAGUGCUCCAGAAAAUGUCCCCUGACUGCAAUGCAAACCCCCCUGUGGAAAACCACCUGGAAGCAUCUCUGUAGUGUGUGUGUGUGUGUGUGUGUGUGUGUGUGUGUGUUCAGAGUCAUGUUCUCUGGUUUUCCUAGGAACUUGACAAAUCUUUCCACCCACCCUGAAACAGAAUACCAGAAAUAGAAUAAAAAUAAUUCAGCUGAUUGAACAAC